AUGGCUGCCUUCGCGUAGACUCCCAGUCGCCCACCAUACCGCAACAACCCUCUACCAUCAGCCACUCCACUUUCGAAGCGUCUCCGGACCUUCACCACUACGCGCCUCGUCUUCUCGACACUCGCCCAGUGAUACCAUCUUCGCCGUCCACCACGGCUUUCACACAGCAAACAUGGCCUUCUCCAUCAGCUGCACCACCAAGGCAAACGCCGCAACCCGUCUUCACGCAGGACUUCGAUCUCUUCCAGCCGACCGCGCCCCAGCCGGCUCCUUCUCGACGGGCUCCAUCGCUCGAUCCGACGCUGCCUCCUUCGUUUAACACCGCAAAUACCGCGGCGUUCCAAGCGAACCACAACCUCAACUCAGCUCAAACGAACGAAAUCGAUACUCGGCUCAACCGUCCUACUACUCGUCCACCCGUGCCUCUCUUCCACUCCAACUCUACCGGAAACCUGGGAAACCAGCAGUAUCAACAACCAAACACUGACAUUACAUCUUUCGCGAUGGGUGGCGGAGGUAAUUCACAUCCACUCUUCUCCCCGGCUUCGUCCUCUCUGACCAUGCCGGCAGACAUCAACGUAGCCUACAACGGCACGUUCGGCGACCUCAGCUCUGCUGGGGACGCCGACCUGUUCAACUUCAAUGGAAGCUAUGAUUUCCAGCUCAUGGACUCCGCGGACAGCUUCACAGCUCCCAACGACGGUUCUGCAAACGCUGGCACCAUUUCUCCAAAGGACUUGCUCAACGAUUCACUACCACCUUCAACAUCUUUUACCAACUUGACCACUCCUGGUUCUACUGUGCUCGAGACUCCCGACGACUACCAGACCUCUCCGCUCUUCAACGACAGCAUGGUUGCUGAGCAGGCCGGUUGGUACUCGCUGUUCCCUGAGGACUCCAACGACGCUCCUGCCGCACCACUGAUGAAGCGGUCGUCUUCGAGCCAGAUCAUAGUCCAUCCGGGCGGAGAGUCCAACCACCGCAAGCGCAGCUCGACCGCUGCCUCGCCUACCUUUAGCCCUGUAGUCAAGCACUCGCAGGUUGCUGGUGUUGGUGCUCGCAAGCGUGACAAGCCACUGCCACCUAUUGUUGUCGACGAGGCCGAUCCCAUCGCCUUGAAGCGUGCGCGAAAUACCGCCGCCGCUCGUAAGUCGCGUGCGAAGAAAGUGGCGGAGCGCGACGACCUUGAGACCACGAUUGCCGAUCUACAGGCACAGGUUGACUUCUGGAAGACAAAGGCUCACGAAUUCGGCUACACCGAGUAA